AUGAACAGCCUUUUCAUUGAAUCUCCGGAGGACAAUGAUGCUAGUCCGUCCACCGAAAGCAGUCUUGUCAUUAUCGAAGACUACUUUGACCGACCGCCCCCCUUGAGACCAGGGGAGUACUGUGGCAGCCGUGAGUGGGAGAUACUCAACUCAUCCAGCAAAGGUGCAAGAACAAGCCAGCUAGUCGCUGCGCUAGACAUCGUCACAGACAUACUCGAUAAGGAAAACAUCCCUUCCGCUGUCAUGGGAGGUUUCUCUCUCCAACUUCGGGGAAUGCAGGGUGUUCGUCAGAAUGUUGACUUGGCAGUCCCGUUAUCCUUGCUCAACAUUGACGAGAGCGCAUGGCUCGCCGUCUUCAAGGACGAGCUGAGGAUCCUUCGGCCAUCGGUGUUUCUGUCAGGUGUCAAAGAUAUGACACGCAAGACCCUUUUUGUGCAAGUCGGUGAUCUCGAUAACGACGACAACGCUGCGCAUUGGGUACGAGUCGAUCUCCGGUUUGUCGGCCAUGAGCACUCACCCGACACGAACCUUGAUCAAAGCCUUCUGCCAGUACCCGAGGAGUUUGAACAGGAAAGGGAUCUCGUUUCCUCGCCCCUCUCAUCCGAGAAGCAGUACAACUGCCUGAAGCUUGGAUACCUCUUGCAUGACAAGCUUUGCAUGAUCAAGAGCUCUUCCACCGAGCGAGAGCUUGCCGAUGUGACAUACAUCCUCUCUGGACACCUGGCAGAAGUGGGUGAUGUUAGGUGGAUUGACAUGGGGCUCCGAACAAACUUCUUGGACUGUUAUGAUGCCUUGUCGCCGAAUGACCUCGUGACAGAUUACUUUGCAAGAGCACUGUGGUUGGAAGGGGAUUACCUUUGGGAUAGAUGGACCACCGUACAGAAGAGCGAGAAGAGCAAGCCGGUGCCUGAGAACAAGGAAUGGUUUUGGACGCGGUUCUUCCGUCGAUGGUCAACACCAGCGCCAAGGUAA